CGCCAUUCACCAAUCGCCAUUGUUGUGUUCUGUUUCGAACAUUCUGCAAUAAAAAUAUAAAGAAAAAUGCCUCCAUUUCAUAAAGAGCAGUUGCGAAAAUUGUUUAUUGGGGGUUUAAACUUGGAUACGACGGAGGAAAGCCUCAAAGAUUAUUUUUCUCGAUGGGGGGAGACAGUAGACGUCGUUGUGAUGAGAUUCCCCGAUACGAAAAGGUCGAGAGGAUUUGGGUUUGUAACCUAUGAAAACGUUGAAUCAGUUGAUGCUGUGUUGAUUGCGAAGCCACAUGUACUCGAUGGAAAGGAAAUCGAACCAAAGCGGGCUGUUGCUAAAGAUGAAACAGCACAAUCGUCUAGGCAGGAAGUUGAAAGUUCCCACAAGAUAUUUGUCGGGGGUUUAGCGAGCGCCACAACUGAGGAAGACAUCCGAAAUUGCUUCGAUAAAUUCUGUGAAGAAGCUGGCCAUGGCAAAGUGGAAGAGAUUUUGGUCAUGAAAGAUAGAGACAGCGAUAGACUUCGCGGAUUUUGCUUCGUGACUUUUGAUAGCAAAGAGAUAGUUGACAAGGUAUGUUCUGUGAAGUAUUUUGAAAUAAGAACAAAAACUGUCGAGGUUCGUCGCGCCGAAUCAAGAAUGGCGAUGAUGAAGAAAGAGCAAAGAGAUUAUGGCUAUACCAGACGACAGUUGGAUGAUCGAAGAAGAGACACGCGCGAUAGUUAUCAAGGUGGGUGUUUAUACUGGAUUUAGCAAAUUAACCAUUUUCUCAAUAUAUGCACACCCCUGCCCUGAACUAAUGCAUCAGUCAAUUCCAGCUGCGACCAGGGGUAGGGCAAAUGCCCAGGGGUAGGGCAAAAAAAAGGAACAAUGCCCAACCCCCGUGCCCCACCCAACCCCCGUGCCCCAGACUGGAAAGUUUGGAAAUUGCGCGUGGGAGACUUAGAAAAUUUAAUAGUAAAUAUAUAGAAAGCAACAAAAGUGCGCGGGGGAUUUCUCCCCCGCACAAUACAAACUUUCCACACUGGCCCGUGCCGACAAAUUAGUUAAUUUGAAAGAAUGUCCUAAAUUAAUUACAUGCGUUUUAACAAUUUAUAUUUAUAUCUUUGUUCAUUGUUCUUUUGGGGUUUUUAAAAAAAAAACAGGGAAAACUAUUGUGUUCACUUCAGAUGAAAACAUCGACGAAAGGCUGUGACACACUUGCUUUUAUUGCAGAAAGUUUUUCAUGGUCUUAAUAUUACUGGAAAAACAAGACAGCCUACCUUUAAAUAUGUCCACAAGUUUAUCUAGGCCUUUCGUCUGCCAAGACUCAACAAAGCUCUCGUUUGUCUUUGCCUGUAAAGUCGUCCAUUUUGGCAUACGACAAAGGAAACUGGUGGCCGCGGUCUUUUCUCUGUGAGCUACAAAUGCCCGGGGAUAAUAACCCGAUAUUGACAAAUCCCCGGGUGAGCAUGCAGCUGCAAAUGCCCGGCCGUGGGGACAAGUAAGUGUAAAAAUGCCUGACAAUGUCCUUGGGGGGGGGUGAUCACAGCUGGAAUUGACUGAUGCAUAACCUUAAACCAACAUAGAGCUGUAGUAAUUGCCUCUCGAGGAGUAAAAUUUUCUAGUGUCACACACAUAUUAUUUGCCAUUGGUGGGGACCCUGGGGACCUGUGCAAGGUGUGUGAUACCCUGAUUGAAUAAAAAGCCUGCAACAAUCUCAAGGACAUUUGGUAUUUCACAGCCAUGAGAGGACGUGUAAAUCCUAUUGGCUAAAGUUAUAUAUGCCAAAAUAUGCAUAAAUUAUAGAACCAUCUGUGGCACAAUGUAUAAUUAUACGCUUUCAAUAAAAGCGUAUGUUUUUGAAAGAGUACUGUGAAUUUGGGUUCCAAACUAAAAACUGAACAGCUGCAAAUCGUUAAGAUGUUUUGGCAGGUUUUCUCGUUGGAUAUCUGCCUUGACAAGUUGAAGAGCAUGGAUACAAACACAUGCACGUGUUGGACCAUUGGUAUUUCUCUAAAUAAUACAGUGGCUAUACCCAAUCAAUUUGAAAUACUGAUUGACUAAAUAUGUAUCCUAUUAAAGUUUGGAAUACAUGUCGCUUUAUGCAUUUAUGAAAUGUACUACUCGAUCUACAAACGUUUAUUUUAUGUUAUUAUUAAACUGUGGCGAUUCCAUACUUUAUUUAUUUAGAGUUUUACAGCAGACUAUAUCUACAAACUGCAGUGCAAUUUAGCUUGUAUUGUGUUAUACUUUUAGAGUUUGUUAUUGUAAAAUUUGUAAACAUUUAUACUGUUCAGUCGUUGCAAUUUUGAAACAUAUUGAUUUCGCUCAUAGCUGGCCAUAUUUUGUUUGAUUUUGAAAUUUAUUGUAAGGUUUGGAGCUAAGAUGGUAUUGUCUUCCUUUUGAUAUAUAUAUUUUUGAGUUGCCGUUCAUUAUUAAUACGUAAAUUAUUGCUCGAAUUAUUGUAUUUUUGAGUCUAUAUUUAGACCAUUCUGACAUAUUAAUAGUCAGAGUAAAAUAUUAUAUGUAGCACACAUUCUACAAUCAGUUGAAAUCAAAAUAUCUUGCUUGAUCUACAAACUGAACCUGUUAAGGUGCAAAACUCAUGUUUACAAGUAAAAUCGCCUUGGCAAUUUAGAGUACAAUGUGUAGUAAUGAAGAUUCCUGGUAGAUUGACACCAAAGUAUGGAUAUUGAACCAAGUUGUAUUGAGAACUUGGCCUCACCUUAGGACAGUUUUUCACUUUACGUAAAGAAAUUAAAUGCACCAUUGUGCCGGAAAGUAUGCAUGAAGAUAACUGCUGAAAUUUCAGUAUUUUAUGUCAACAAAUGUUUCAGAUUCAGGCAGAAUGCGAGGCAACAACUUUGGUUCCAGUUUCAAUCAAAUGUCAAUGCAAGGAUCUAAUUCUGGUGGCAUGCCUUUCUUUGGUGGAGGUUCUCGUGGAGGUUGGUUGUAG